AGUUUUGUUUAUAUUUCGGAAAUGAUUGAGCUGUCUGCAUCAUUACGAUUUCAACUUCUGUUUGAUUCAUAGCUGAAUUUAAAAAUGACAGACUACGAUUUUACCACCAUCGUACGUGAAGUGGGCAUUAAAGAAAACAUCCCAGAUUGUACACUGGACUUGAAAUAUUCAACCAACAAAGGAGAUGGAUAUUUGGGUACUGUUCAAGCUGUGCAAUUAGUCGGGAAAGGCAAAAAGUUGGACGUUGUGUUUAAAUUUUCGCAUCGCAACCCCAAGUCGCAUGAAAGUCUUCCACUGCGUGAUGUUUAUCUAAAUGAAGUCAAGUUUUACGAGGAAAUUAUCCCGGCAUUCACCAAACUUCAGCUGGAGAAUCAUAUUGAAGAUGGGUUCGACAAUGUGCCAAAGUUUUACGGUUCUAUUAAAGAACCCCUCAACGAAUUGUUGGUGUUGGAAAACCUUAAGGUGAGUGAUUACGAUUUAUGGGAUCGCAAAAAGUUGAUGAACAAAGAGCACUUGGAAUUCGCCUUGAAGACAUUCGCGAAAUUCCAUGGUACGUCUUAUGCCAUGCAAAAAAUAAACCCGAAAAUGUACGAAAAGAUCACGGAAAGCAUGAAAGACGACGUAUUUUUAAGAUUUGUUAUCAAAAUGGGUUUUACUGCACAAAUUCAAGGUGGAAUUAAAAAAAUUGUCAACAUAUUUGAUUCAGUGAAAGAAAAAAAGUAUAUUGAUGCAUUGACCAAAUUUGGUGAGACUUUGCCAAAAGAAAUGGAAGCAAUCUUGACUUUUCAUGAAGCAGAUGUGAUUUUGCAAGGUGACUGUUGGUGCAAUAAUGGAAUGUAUCAUUAUGAUAGCAAAGACCAUACCAAACCCAACGAUAUGAAAAUGUUAGAUUUCCAAUUAAUGAGGUUAGGAUCACCAGCUUUGGAUUUGUCAUACUUUUUCUAUACGAUUUCGCCAAAAGAAAGUUAUGAAAACUUGGAGUAUUUCUUGAAAGUGUAUCAUGAUGCUUUGGGGAAACACCUGGCCAAGUUUAAUCUCAAAGUAGAGGAAAUCUAUCCAUACAAAACGUUUAAGCAACAUUGGGAAAAAUUGAGUAAGUUUGGAUUGGUGCUCAGUUUUCUGAUACGUAAAGCUAUGUUGACUGAGAGUGAAGAUGCGCCUGAUAUUACCGAAGGAGACUUUUUAGCCAACAUGUAUGUUAAUCCAGAAAAGGAGCGGUUGUAUCAUCAACAGAUGAAAGAUUUAAUUAUUCAUUUCGUUGAUUCCAAGUUUGUUUGAUUUAUUUUGUGUUUUGUUAAACUAGAAGUAUAAAGUUUAGAUAAUGGUGUUUGAUAUAAAUUGUUAUGGAUUAUAAAAAUUCUAUGAAAAUAAAAUUUAUGAAUUGAAAAGAA